UUAUUGAAUACCUAUACAAAAUAUCCAAGAAAUCUUAGCAAAAAAAAUUUACAACGCAAAAUUUGGAGUGUAAGCUAAUGGAAUCGCCAAGUGAAAAUGUUAAUACCAAAGAGGGGUGGUAGCAUGUUCCUUUUACGACGUAUGUAUGGCGGGCAAGACUGUAAGCUUCAAUACAAGUUGUAACCUGUACGACUCUAACUUGGAGGCACUCGCUAAAUGGUUGAGCUGCAACGGCGAGGUAUGGGGCGUGGGUCCGACGGCGGUGUUCGCCAGCGCCGCCGCUCUUUUCCUCUACAACGAGCUGGAGGGUGCCAUCUUCGUGACCGGGGACCACGCUCCGGUGUCGCUUUUGGAGAAAACUCUCCUUUCCACCAUGGUGCUGGGAAUGUUGGCGCUGAUGAUACAUCUGUGGGUGUGUUCCAUGCGUUUCUUCCAGUACUACCUGGAUACACUCAUUAAAGAUAGUUCAAAUAUGCUUCUUGAGAUGACAACAGUCGGGUUAUUGGGGGCUCAAAGCGAAAUAGUGCCCCUUGGCCCCCUCACACGGUUCCUCCGGCAACAGCAGCCCCAGAUACACAUCACCGUGUGCUGGUUCCUAUCUCUGUGCUAUGCUGACUACAUCAGAAAACACUACUGUCAGAGAUUCAACAUUCCAUAUUUGGAACAGUGGCAGGCAGAACUACACGAGCGAGCGUCGUGUGGCUUCCACCGCACCAUGGAGAAGAUCAACAGCUUCGUCGGCUCCGUCCACCGGCGGAUGCGCGGGUACUCCCAACCGCAGCCGAACAGUGACGCUUACACUGAGAGCGCAUCGUCUAAGAAUGCGACAUCGGUGGAUGUCAGCGGGGCCGCAAGCAAGGUGUCAAGGGGAAAUGCCGUGUGCACCGCCAGCGACUCAGUGCUUAGCAGGAGACAAGACGCAGGGGUCUGCGUGCGACUCGUCAGUCAGUCAAGCGAAACAACGGUUGAUGCAAUUGAGAAGCUCAAAGCCUAUAUCACCGCAACAAGGUGCGAGUGUUGCGGUACACAGGACCCCGGCGUCUGUAGUUCUAGCAGUGCAACACCUAAGGAGACUAACAAGCCUUGAAGACUUGCCGUGGAGAAAUAUGGCUGUACUGUAAUUUGAUUGAUAAUGCAUUUACGAUUCGUUAUUAAAAUAU